CAGUUCUCACUCAAAGCCAAAGUGAAGCUGAAGUUUAAAAUCAAGGCUUGUUAAUCUGUUCUGCUGCAUGCACACAAGCACAUAUACAACACUGGGACCCACAGCAGAGAUUCAGUUCAAGACAACAAUGCAUGCAUAACAUCUCCUCAGUUAAUCAGGAAAAUCUUUGCACUGGAUCUGUCUUUGAUGUCCAGCCCGUUUGAGUCACGUCUCUUGACUGCACUGCAUCCUGACCUCUUAAAGACAGUCGAGGCAAGUUAUACCGGAAUCAUGUCAGAGACUGGACAGGAUAGAUCUACACAGGUCAUAAGCAGUGGCUCAAAGCAGGAUGAGAAUCAGGAAAAGUCAAGCAAAAGUUUGAAUAAGGAGGCAGGAGGGGGACACAUUGCUAUGUUGGACAAAAUAGAGGACUUUUUCCAGAUCUGUGACAGUGAGGAAAUGGGCUUCAUCACACGUACGGAUAUGACGAGGCUCCACAAAAAAUUGCCCCUCACUACUGAGGAACUGGAGAAUGUCUUUGACUCACUAGAUCUUGACAAUAACGGAUACCUGACGCUAGAAGAGUUUUCUUCUGGAUUUAGUGACUUUCUUCAUGGACGGAGAGUCUCUAUGUCAGAGGAACUAAUGUCUACAUCGUCUCAAAUAGUUCCAGAAGCUCUUGAUCAGAGUUCCGGGAAUGAACAGAUGUCAGAGAACAAGAAUGACGAAGAGAGACAUUUCAGCAUGUUGAUGGAGAGCUUGGGUGCUGGCAAUGUAUUUGAAGAGUUACCCAAAUUAGGUUCGCGACCUGUGGGCUCAGCUCAGGAAAGAUGA